AUGACACUCGAACAAGCCAUUAACUAUGGCAGGGCGUUCGAGGCGUCCAUGUCCCAUAUGGAGAAACUAUCGGUGGUACACAGAGACAACAUGGCCUCUGGUACAGCGUCCGUACACGCGUUCAGGAGACGUGAUCGGGCACAUCGAGGCAACGACCGGGACGACACCCAGAACUGCAGAAAUUGCGGUAAAAAGCACCCCCAAAGGAAAUGCCCCCCGUAUGGGACAGUGUGCGGUGCUUGUGGAAUCACAAACCACUGGGCACAGUGUUGCAUGAGAAAAAAUCGCAACAAAAACCGUAACAGCGGUACCGGUCACUCCAAGUCACGCGAUCGAAGGUCACUACGCCGUGACCAUGGCCGCAGUAAAGGCCUGAGUAGGGUGAACUCUAAUGUUCAUUCAUUAAACCAGCAGUCACAAUCAGAAUAUGAAUCUGAGAACGUAGGACAGGCAUUCGAUCGCAUGAAGUUUUCGAGUAUUGGUGUAGGCGCUGUCACACAGCCGAGCCACAUUGGAGAAAAUAGAGAUGAAAUUUUCUCCGACCUUGACAUCAUAGUGCCAGGUCGCAAGGAUCGCAAUGCUUCCUUAAAGGUCAAGGUCGAUACUGGCGCGCAGGGCAAUACCCUGCCGAUACGCAUUUUCAGACGUAUGUGUCCACAAAUGCUAACACCCGAUGGGUACCCCAGAGCAGACAGAGUGCGGAACAGAGCCAUGACUUUGCAGACUUUGACUGCAUACAACGACACAACCAUCAAGCACUAUGGGUCGAUCGGACUGCCGUGUAGUCACAACAACAAGAAUGUUGUGGCAGAGUUUUACAUCGUUGAAUGCGAUGGGCCGGCGAUAUUGGGGUUACUGUCGUCGUUAGCGCUAAAGCUAGUAUCGGUGCAUUGCGCUAUCACGGCAAAGCCGCAGAAACCUGUGGCCAGCCAGAGACCUGGCAUUCCAGCCAUUCGGUCAGUACGUGACCUACAGGGGCUGUACCCCGACCAAUUUGAUAAAAUUGGCAACUUCCCAGGAGAGUACCACAUCAUGGUGGACCCGAACAUCCCUCCUGUGGUACACGCGCCACGUAAGACACCCAUCCAAAUGAAAGACGAGAUCAAUACUCAGCUAGACCAGUUGGUCAAGCAAGGCGUUAUCAGGCGGGUAACAGAACCCUCGGAGUGGGUUAGUUCCCUGACAUACAGCCGUAAAGCAGACGGUAGUUUGCGCAUAUGCUUGGACCCAAAGGAACUAAAUCGUGCAAUCUUGCGAUCUCACAAUAACACCCCUACCCUCGAAGAAAUCACACACCGAUUCAACGGCGCACGUGUGUUCUCAAAACUUGACGCCAAGAACGGAUAUUGGUCAAUCAAGCUGGAUGCGGAAUCCCAGCUAUUGACCACGUUCAACACGCCGUUUGGGAGGCAUUGUUUUUGCCGUUGUCCGUUUGGGCUAGUUAUGUCCCAAGACGUGUUCCAGAGAAAAAUGGACGAGAUUCUUGACCAAGUAGGAGAAGGGGCGUUAGGGAUAGCAGACGACAUAGCAGUCUAUGCUGAAAACCAGGCCAAACACGAUCAAGUGUUACACAAGUUGAUGCGCGUUACGAAGGAACGAGGCCUGAUGUUCAACAGUGGGAAAUGUCAGAUCAACGUACCGUUUAUAAAAUUCUUCGGUAUGGUGUACGACGCAGAUGGCGCACACCCAGAUCCUGACAAGAUCGACGACAUAAAAGCGAUGCCACCCCCCGAAAACAAGACUGCAAUGCAAGAGUUUUUAGGACUGGCAACAUAUAUGUCGCCGUUUAUCCCAAGGCUAUCCGAUCACACAUGUCAUCUCCGGGAGAUGCUCAAGCGAGAUGUUGUGUUCGAUUGGUCACCUGCUCACCAGGAAGCGUUUGACAAGAUCAAACAGUUGAUCUGCAACAACGUCACCCUGGCGUACUACGACCCUGCUAAGGAAACAGUCCUGCAGGUCGAUGCAUCGUUGAAGGGCCUGGGUGCGGCACUCAUACAGGACAACCGUCCGAUUAUGUUUGCGUCGAAAUCUCUGUCAGACACCGAGCAACGUUAUGCAAACAUCGAACGGGAGCUGCUGGCAGCAGUAUUUGCAGUGGAAAGAUUCCACACCUUCCUCUAUGGCCGCCACUUCAAAAUAGAGUCGGACCACAAGCCAUUAGAGAUGAUUUCUCUGAAAAACUUGACGUCGGCACCUCCACGAUUACAGCGAAUGGUGAUGCACUUACAAGGGUACGAUUUUACCAUACGGUAUCGACCCGGGCCAGACAUGCUCCUGGCAGAUUGUCUCUCGAGACAACCCAAUCAGAGAAAGCGUACUACAAUUGACCUCGACGUCAAGGUAUUCCACGUGCAGUUCUCGACGUCAAAGAUUCAGCAACUGCGAGAGGAGUCUAACAAAGACGCCAUUCUUUGCGCGUUGCGAGACGUUAUCAUAGCCGGAUGGCCAGAUGAGCGACGCGGUCUCCCAACCCCGCUCAGGGUAUAUUGGUCCUUCCGAGACGAACUGAGUGUCGAGAACGGACUAAUCAUGAAAGGCCAAAGAGUGAUGAUACCUGAGAACGGUUAUGUUUCGAAUGGAACGAUAUUUGUCUACGCGACCAAGGGCAGUAAUAGCACUCUGUAUCCGCGUGGUACCGAAUGCAACGUGUGCACGAGAAUAUAA